CGCUAGGUCAGCCCAGUCUAGGAGGCAGGAAAGACAAUAGAGCACAGAUCCAAUUUUGUGUGGAAGAGAAACGCUUUCAAAAUGCUUCUCGGCCGGUUAUUGUUGCGGACUUCAACUGUCAAUAAGAUGGUUAGUAGAAAUAAUUAUACAGCAUUCAAAUCUGAUCCCUCCAAGCCAAACAUGCUGAGAGUAGGACUGGCAUUUGGAAGUACAGCUGUCUUGUGGGCUCUGCUGUUCAAACAACACAGCACUGAUGUGCAUGAGUACAAAACAAGGAAUGGGUUAGAGUAAUUCACAAGGCCAUGACAUUGAUUGCUCUACGCUUUGUGGAUCUUCUGUUUUUCAUGUUUCAAUGUUCCUCUGCUAUGAAAAGAUGUACAAUAAUGUUAAAUAAAGUUGUGUAUAUAUAA